UGUAUUGAACUGUAUUGUUGCUGUAUUGUCUCCCGUUAUAUUGUAAAGCGCUGAGCAAACUGUUGGUGCUAUAUAAAUCCUGUAUAAUAAUAAUAUAGUGACAAUGACUCACCCAAGCUCUACUGCUCAACCAGGGGCAGCACUGACCAUUUGGAAACUCGGGCACUGCCCGAGGACCCGGGGGUCCGGGAUGCCCCUGGUACCUUUUUCAUAGGCUUUUUUGAGUUUGGGCAAGGACACAGGGGUCCCAUGAUCCCCUAUUGCCCGGGGG